CAAAUGCAUCUUUAUUGUUGCUGAUAUUCCAUCUCCUUUUAUGACGGAGGUGACACAUCCAGGUUCUUUAUAUACGUCACAGCUGAGAGUGAAACUACAUUUCACCCUUUAAUAUUUAUUUUGUUUGACUCCAUAACAGUCCAUUAAGAAUGUGCUCACUUAACAAGGUGGCCAGUGAAAUUCCAAAUUCCAUUGGUCUGCAGAGCCGUCUUUUGGGGCCGCCUAAGCACACAAUAAAGGGUGUAUUUCUGUGAUGUAUUUUCUUACAUCUGUAAAUAAAAGCAACGUAAAAUAUUAUUUUGAAUUGCCAAUGCGUUUUUGUGCGAAUGAGAUUUUAUUUUGAAAGUCCUGAGUGGGAUGAGCUUUUGUAUCUUCCGGGCAGCUUGACGCCGGAGUUGGAGCUGCGAUGAUGCGCGCGCGGAGCCGCUCAGCGCCACCGAAGCGCUUCAUUCAGUCAAAUAAAACAGUAAUUUGUUUAUGAAGAGGACAAAAUGUUUCCACAGAGCUGCACAUGAGCCCGAAAACUGCAGCCGAGUGAAUUUUGGUGCGUUUGGGCGCACUUUAGUUGUGUCGCCGCUGGUGGUCUCUUUGUGCACUUUUUCCCGUUCGGGUGGUUAAAAAGGUCUCCAAGAUAGAGUCCCUCAGGAGUAAAGUGGACUUGCUGCGCCUCCCUUUGGCCCUCUCCUCCAAGUCCAUCAGCCACCGGAAGAGCCAACUGGGAGUCAUCUGGGAGAAAGGUGGUGGCUUGGGGCCAGGAGGGACCCAGAAACCCCGCCCACUGCCAACAUCGGACAUGGACAACGAGUCGACGUACUCGGGCUACUCUUAUACCUCCCGAAGCUCCCGCAAACCCAGGGAGCGGAGAAACCGUCAUCGCUCAAAAAGUCGUAACAGCAGCAUCCGCGGAGACAAAUCGGUGACCAUCCAGGCUCCCGGCGAGCCGCUGCUGGACACAGAAUCGACCAGAGGAGAUGACAGGGAUGACAACUGGCUUGAGACCGCCACGGUGGUGACCGGAACGUCUGUGGACAGCGUCUCAAACGAGGACCUGGCACGCCUCUCCAAGGACUUGGAGGACUCUGUGCCCCCGGAGUGCCGCCGCUUCCUUGGCCCAGCGUUAAGCGCCAUCCUGGGGCUGUUUGCUCUUCUGACUCCUCUGGCGUUCUUGGCCCUCCCACAGCUCCUGUGGCGCGACACUCUGGACCCGUGUGGCGCGCCGUGUGAGGGUCUGUAUAUUUCACUGGCCUUUAAGCUGCUGAUCCUCCUCAUCUCCACCUGGGCGCUGUUCCUCCGCCCACCCAGAGCUGCCCUGCCCUCCUUCUUUGUGUUUCGCUGCCUGCUGCUGGCCCUGAUGUUCCUGUUUGUGGCGUCCUAUUGGCUCUUCUAUGGCGUGCGCGUGCUGGAGCCCAGAGAGAGCGAUUACAGGGGGAUUGUGGGAUAUGCAGCGUCUCUGGUGGACGCGCUGCUCUUCAUUCAGUACCUGUCUCUGGUGCUGCUGGAGGUCAGACACCUGCAGCCUGCCUUCUGUCUGAAGGUUCUGAGGACCACAGAUGGAGUCAGUCGCUUCUACAACGUGGGUCACCUCAGUAUUCAGCGAGCCGCCGUUUGGGUUCUGGACCAGUACUACAGCGACUUCCCUGUUUAUAACCCUGCCCUGCUAAACCUGCCCAAAUCCAUCCUCGCCAAGAAGACGUCAGCCUUCAAGAUCUACAGCCUGGAGGAAGAGAACAGCGGCAAUAACUCCACGGGACAGUCCAGAGCCAUGAUCGCCACAGCCGCUCGGAGGAGAGACAACUCCCACAACGAGUACUACUACGAGGAGGCGGAGGUGGAGCGGAGGGUCCGAAAACGCAAGGCCAGGCUGAUGGUGGCGGUAGAGGAGGCCUUCACACACAUCAAGCGUCACCUGGAGGAGGAGCCGCCACGCGCCUCGUCUCCCAAACACCUGCGGGAGGUGAUGGACCCCAGAGAGGCGGCGCAAGCUGUUUUUGCACCCAUGGCACGCGCCAUGCAGAAGUACCUCCGCACCACCCGGCAGCAGGCGCACCACAGCAUGGAGGGCAUCAUCAGCCACCUGCAGUUCUGCAUCACGCACAGCAUGACCCCUAAGGCCUUCCUCGAGCGGUACCUCAGCCCGGGUCCCACCCUGCAGUACCAGGACAGCAACAGCAGGGGGCAGCAGUGGACGCUGGUCAGCGAUGAGCCUGUGACCGCCCCCCUACGUCAGGGCCAAGUCUUCUCCCUGAAACGCUUGGAUUUCUCACUGGUCGUCACGGUAACACCCCUCCCCUUCUUGCAUCUGGGGGAAGAGUUUAUCAACCCCAAGAGUCACAAGUUCGUCAUGAAGCUGCAGUCGGAGACGUCGGUGUAGAGGUGGGCGGAGUCAGAGCAAAACGCCUAAUUUUUUUUUUUUCCCACUUCAGUGUUUGUCCAGAUAAAGUCUGCAGGAAGAGAAGUGGCUGCAUCUCACUCUCCUUCCCCUUUUGUCUGUGUCACAGUUUAAUAUUAGAUGCUCGUCUCUUUGCAGCAUCAUUACUGUCACCUCUUACGCUUCCUGUCGUCCCAACCGACGCACUUCACCAAUGACUUACAUUCUCCGCUCUUUCAACGCAACAUUAGUCAAAUGUCUUCUUUUUAUUCAGUGUGGAUCUACGUUGGUGAAACUCUUUGGCAUUAAAAAAUAAAUAAAUAAAUUCCAGUUAAACUUUAGCAGGAAUCGAACAAUCACAAACAAUCCCAACACGCCGCCAACACCGAGCUUCUCUCUGAGCGCGUCUGUUUUCAUGUUGUUUAAUGGAUUUUAAAAUUAAGAGCAGCGCCAGAGGCAAAAAAAAACAAAAAAAACCCUCCCUCUGGUUUGCAUAUGCAGACACACUAACAAGAGGGGGCGCUGUUUCAUGCAACAACAAACACAGAAACCAAUGAGAUGAUCCUGAAUCUGCAGGUGACUCACAAUCAAAUCAGUUCCUCCCUGUAAACACAGACCCACGUCCCCUUAAAAUUAAAGUCUCACCUGGUCGUCUCUAUUUUACAUCUUAUGUGCAACAGACUAAAACA